GCCGUCAACACAGAGCGAUGACCAGAUUCGCUACUCUUCUCCUUGAUCUCUCGAGCUCCUGUCUACAUCACGGCUGUCAUUCCUUUUGCCGUGUCUCUGGGCGUCUUUAGAGAUGGAGGAGCUGGUGAGGCAGGCUAGGGGUCAACAGGUGGUCAGUCGUAGCUCUGUCGCUGCGUUCACGUUCAUAGUGUAUGAUAUCCUGAUUACACUCGGUGAAGAGGUUGAUCUGGUCUGGUCAAAGCCUCAUGCAUCAUGGGCGAAGUGGCUUUAUCUCUUCGUCAGGUACAUCCCACUCAUCUUCGAAAUCGGAACAAUGUUCUCCACGACACAGGUGCUUCCCAAGCCAUUGACGUACUCCAAACGACAAUGCACGAGCUGGUUCAUCUUCCAGGAAGUGGGUAUGCAAGUUGUCAUAUCUGCCGUCGAGGUUAUGCUCAUAAUACGCGUUCGUGCUCUAUAUCUCAAGAACGAGCGGAUCACAAAAAUCCUCGCUGUUCUGUUCGUCGCCGAGGUCAUCACUAUGAUAGUGAUUCUUGCUUUUCUUGCGGGAACCGUCGAGAUGGACGAAAACUGCGUAGUCAUCUCUACGCCUCCUUUAUUUAUGGUAUUCGCCGGUGUUUUUGUCGGGUUUGAGCUUCUGCUUUUUGGCCUUACGCUAGUCAAGUUUGUGGAGGCAUGUCGAAAUGGUUGGAACCGUAUGCCACUCCUUACCCUUGUGGUGAGGGACGGGACGUGGGCAUUUCUCGUGAUAUUCGCCGCUAUCAGCGUCAAUGUUGGCUUCUUUUUUGGUAUCAAAGGUCAAGGAUCAUCAGCAGGCAUCGACUGGCUACUAUCCUUGGAGUCCUUUGCGGGCUGUCAUCUAAUGCUUCAAAUGGACUCCUUUGCCGCCGCCACAUCCACAAACCCCGCGUCCCCCAAUGGCAAGCGACGUCGCACCCUCUCCCGCUCCCGUCGUCGGACAACCGCCGGCACCAACGUCACAGUGACCGGCAACGAAGCUUUCACCGGCAACGGCACCCAGUUCACCUCCAUAUUCCUCGUCACAGACGAUUUCCUCCCCGAGAGCGAGACGGACUCGAGUGGUGCAACGCGGGAUGGCGGCGGCGUUGGGUUAAAUCUGGUGUUCAGUCCCGAGUCGGAGUUGGCCUUUGAUGAUGGUGGAUACAGGAAUGGUGAGGAGUAUACUGGGUCGGUGCCGGUAUCUGUGGUGCAGAUUGGGGAGCAUGAGUAUGAGGAGGUCGAGAUGGAGGUGAUGCGUCAUAGGAGGGGCGAUCUUGAGAGCGGGAGGUUGCCGGAGAACCAGGUCGUUUCGCCUGGUUGAGUUGUCGGAUUGGGCGUCCAGAGAGUUUCACAGACUAGUGUGAGAGAGAGAGACCGAGGACAUUCUAUCUUAUAUGUAUCUAUAGUAUCAGAGCGUUUGAGAGCCCCCGCCCCCCUUACACAUUCUACUUUCUUGAUUUACCUUCGGACUUUACACAUAGCUUUAUGAUCGUCCUGGUCGAUGUACAAUAUUAUAGGAGAGCC